UGGGAUUUCCUCCUCCUCCUCCUCCGCCGCCGCCGCCGCCGCGGGUUCUGCGCCGAGUCCAGCCCGCCCGCCCGACCCCGGCCCGACCCCGGCCGGCUCCGCCCGCCCGGCCCCGGGGAGGGAUGCGGCGGCGCGGCGCCCAGGAUGCCCCGCAGCCCCGGGACGCGCCUCAAACCCGCCAAGUACAUCCCGGUGGCCACGGCCGCCGCGCUGUUGGUCGGCUCCAGCACCCUCUUCUUCGUGUUCACGUGCCCAUGGUUGACGAGAGCCGUGUCCCCAGCUGUUCCUGUCUACAAUGGCAUCAUCUUCCUUUUUGUCCUGGCCAAUUUCAGCAUGGCCACCUUCAUGGACCCUGGUGUCUUCCCCCGAGCGGACGAGGACGAAGACAAAGAGGACGACUUCCGGGCCCCACUUUACAAGAAUGUGGAUGUGCGGGGUAUCCAGGUCCGCAUGAAAUGGUGUGCCACAUGCCACUUCUACCGCCCACCACGCUGCUCACAUUGCAGUGUCUGUGACAACUGUGUCGAGGACUUUGACCACCACUGCCCUUGGGUCAACAAUUGCAUUGGGCGCCGGAACUACCGCUACUUCUUCCUGUUCCUGCUAUCACUCAGUGCACACAUGGUGGGCGUCGUGGCCUUUGGCCUGGUCUACGUGCUGAACCAUGCCGAGGGGUUGGGAGCUGCCCACACCACCAUCACCAUGGCUGUCAUGUGUGUGGCUGGACUCUUCUUCAUUCCUGUCAUCGGCCUCACUGGUUUCCACGUGGUGCUGGUUACUCGGGGGCGCACCACUAAUGAGCAGGUGACUGGGAAGUUUCGCGGGGGUGUGAACCCCUUCACCCGAGGCUGCUAUGGGAACGUGGAGCACGUGCUAUGCAGCCCCUUGGCACCCCGGUACAUGGUGGAAUCACCCCGGUUGCCGCUCUCAGUGAGCCUGAAGCCACCCUUCCUUCGGCCUGAACUCCUGGAGAGAGCUGCACCGCUCAAGGUCAAGCUUAGUGACAAUGGGCUGAAGGCAGGACUGGGCCGCAGCAAGUCUAAGGGCAGUCUGGACCGGCUGGAUGAAAAGCCACUGGAUCUGGGGCCACCACUGCCCCCCAAGAUAGAGGCCAGCACCUUUGGAGGUGACCUGAAGACCCCACGGCCUGGCAGUGCUGAGAGUGCCCUGUCAGUGCAGAGGACCAGCCCUCCAACACCUGCCAUGUACAAAUUCCGGCCAGCCUUCCCCACGGGUCCCAAGGCGCCAUUCUGUGGGCCUAGCGAGCAGGUUCAAGGCCCUGACUCCCUGACUAUAGGGGAUGACAGCACCCACAGCCUGGACUUUGUGUCUGAGCCCAGCCUGGACCUCCCAGACCAUGGGCCCAGUGGCCUGCACUCAACCUACCCACCGUCCCCACCACUCAGUGCCACUGAUGCCUUCUCAGGCGCUUUGCGCUCUCUGAGCCUCAAGGCUGCCAGCCGGCGGGGUGGGGACCAUGUAGCUCUGCAGCCCCUGCGUUCUGAGGGUGGUCCUCCCACACCCCACCGGGGCAUCUUUGCUCCCCAUGCAUUACCCAACCGAAAUGGCAGCCUGUCCUAUGAUAGCCUGCUUAACCCUGGCUCACCCAGUGGCCACACAUGCCCAGCACACCCCUCUGUUGGUGUAGCUGGCUACCGCUCACCCUACCUACACCCUGGGGCAGCAGGUGACCCACCACGGCCCCCACCCCGCAGCUUUAGUCCCGUGCUGGGUCCCCGGCCUCGGGAGCCCUCACCAGUACGCUAUGACAACCUGUCGAGGACCAUCAUGGCCUCCAUCCAGGAGCGCAAGGACAGGGAGGAGCGUGAGCGGCUGCUGCGCUCCCAGGCCGACUCACUCUUUGGUGACUCUGGAGUCUAUGACACACCCAGCUCUUACAGCCUGCAGCAGGCCAGUGUGCUGUCUGAGGGUCCUCGUGGCUCUGUGUUGCGCUAUGGCUCCAGAGAUGACCUUGUGGCUGGGCCUGGCUUUGGUGGUGCCCGCAACCCUGCCUUGCAGACAUCACUGUCUUCACUGUCAAGCUCUGUGAGCCGGGCACCACGGACAUCCUCCUCCUCCCUGCAGGCCGACCAGGCCAACAACAACGCCCCUGGGCCCCGGCCUGGAAGUGGCUCACACAGGUCGCCUGUGCGUCAGGGUCUACCCUCCCCGCCUGGCACUCCCUGCUCGCCCUCCUACAUGGGCCCCAAAGCUGUCGCCUUCAUCCAUACGGACCUCCCGGAACGGCCACCCUCGCUGGCUGUGCAGAGGGGGCGAAUAGGCACCUGUAGCCGUGGAUGGGGGCAGCGUGGCCAGCCCAGGGGGACCCCUGGCCUGCACCUGUGCCAUCUUGGCCUCCCUGAGGACCGCCCUCCACUGCGGGCCCCCUGGAGCCAGGCUGCUGGGGCACCCCCUCGUGGGACCAUGUGCCGCCUACACUCGGCAGCCUCCAGCCUUUUUCCCAGCCUCUCGGGACCCUAGUGGGAUGCAAGUGGGCAGCUCUGGGGCCCUGGACAGCCCAACUGGAGAAGCAGGAAGCCAGGCUGCCAUGGACCCUGGGGUGGGGCUGGGUGUGGACUGUGGGUCCUGUCUCUACCAGCUACAUCUUGACUGACUCAAGACUGCCAGGGCCUGUGACCCUGUGUCCAGGUGACCUCAGGAAGUCCUCCACCUGCUGCAGGGGGUCCAGUACCCCAUUGAGGGUGGCCCUGGAGUUGCUGUGACCAGCAUGACAUUCACCCCAGCCUCCCUAUCCUACCAAGCACUUUAGACUAAGCCACUUCCUCCUGGGGAGCCUGGGCCUCUGUGGGUUGGGCUGGGGAGGGGGUCUCAGGUUUUCCCUGCCAGUUACUACAGUCCCUCUACCCUGCCUCCAGAACAUAAACAGAUGCCUUAAUUUCCUAGAGCCACCAGCCUGGUGAGCCCUGGGAUCCCAGCCCAUCCAGCUGGGCCCCUUGCCUGCCCACCGGAUUUCCAUCAGUAUCUCUGCUCUGGCUCCACCUGGUCUGUCUGCAUCCAGGGAUGGGUGAUCCAUGGUCCACAGUCCUGCAAUCUCUGAGCCUGCUGGACCUGGUUGUCCUCCAGAGGCAGAGCAGGAUGACCCUCCUAUGCAGGGUCCUUGUCCCAGGAUCCACCCUGGGCACUGGCUCUAUUCUCCCAUUUUGGGACAAGAAAGCCACAAAGCUAUCUUCUAUUGUUCUAAGGGAUACUUCCUCCAUUUAAAUUCCCCCAAUAAAAUUUUUGGUGUUUACCUCCAUG